AGUGCUUUGGCCACCUAUAAAGCUUAGCAAUGGGGAAUAAGGAAUCCCUCAAAGAGGAAGAGUUCCUGGGGUGUGCAGAAGAAGGAGCAGCUGUUGAUCACAUCAUGUUCACUGCCACAGAGACCUUCCAAGUCAAUGAUUCACUGCCCGAGAAGAGAAAUGGAGGGAAGUUCUUCAUGGUUCUGGUGAUCAUCUACCUGAUUGUGCUGUCGGUGGGUGCUGUGCUGUUGCUGAUCCUAGGUCUGAACCUGCAGGAGAGGAUCCGGAUCUUAGAGAUGGACUUCCCCAAUGGAACAUGGAUGACGGAGCAACACCCAUCCUUCUCAAUGCAGUCGGGGUACCCCAGAACACGUCUGGCAACAGGGCCAUCGGGUCUGCCCACCAUGCCAGCCCAGAUCACCUGGCUUCGCACCAACCAGGAGCACCUGCUUCAGUGGGUGGCCAACGUCUCUCGCAACCCAGAGCUAUUCCGGAUCAAAGGUGAACGAGGCUCCCCAGGUCUCCCAGGACCUCAGGGCCCACCAGGCAUCAAGGGAGAGGCAGGCCCCCAAGGACCCAUGGGUGCACCAGGGAAGCAAGGAGCUGCAGGCACCCAGGGACUCCAAGGCGAGAAGGGCAGCAAAGGCGACAGGGGUCUCGUGGGCUCCAAGGGAGAAGCUGGAGCUCAGGGAGUCAAAGGUGACAUGGGGCUCCCAGGAAGCAAAGGGGACAGAGGCAUGAAGGGAGAUGCAGGGGUGAUGGGUCCCCCUGGAGUCCAGGGGAGUAAAGGUGACUCGGGGAUGCCUGGCCCAGCAGGUUUGACUGGAUUUCCUGGAGCCAAAGGUGAUCGGGGAUUACCUGGAGUACCAGGUGUUCCAGGUACCCCUGGUGCAAUGGGACCCUUGGGUGCCAAGGGUGAGCCUGGCAGCACUGGCUUUAUUGGACCAAGAGGACCACCUGGACUCCCCGGGAGUCCAGGAGCUACAGGCUUGAAAGGAAGCAAAGGAGACACAGGAGUCCAAGGACAGAAGGGAACAAAAGGAGAAUCGGGAGUCCCAGGCUCGAUAGGCAUCAAGGGAGAAAUGGGAAGGCCUGGAUUACAAGGCCCCAAAGGAGCACCUGGACCAGCCGGCCAGAAGGGAGACCCCGGACAGAAAGGAUCUUCUGGGCAGCAAGGAGAAAAAGGAGCAAAAGGUCAAGCAGGCACAUCUUUGGCAUAUGCCAGGAUUGUGGGCAGUUAUAACCGAGGCCGAGCUGAAGUUUACUAUAACAAUGUCUGGGGGACGAUCUGUGAUGAUGGCUGGGAUAAUUCAGAUGCCACUGUCUUCUGCCGCAUGCUGGGAUUCAGCAGGGGUGUGGCCCUGUCCACUUUUGGAGGUGGUUCUGGGCAGAUCUGGCUAGAUGAUGUUGCUUGCACAGGGUCAGAGGUGAAUCUAUGGAGCUGCAACAAGAGUAACUGGGGCAGCCACAACUGCCAGCACAGCGAGGAUGCAGGCGUGCAGUGCAGCUGAGGUCACCGACAUGUCACCCAAGUGUCCCUGGGCUCCACCCACAUGAAGAAGGAAGGAACCAGCUCUCUGCAGUUUCCCUGAGACUGGCUGGGCAGCUUCUAUAGAAGGACCAUUAAUAAAGCUCACAGUUGUACCUGU